GUGGCCGCCAUUUCUUGGAACACAAUAUCAUUUGUGUUUCCACUCGUUGACCAAGUCUAGAGACACUCUUCUAUAUCUCAUAUAUAUAUAUAUAUCAUGGUGGAUGAUAUUCAUAAUUAUUCCACGUUCACUGCACAACACUUAUCAGAAGCCUUAAAGUUGAAAGAUUACAAGACCAGCAUAGUCAUAUGUGAAGAGUUAGAGUUGCAGUCAUCGUUGCAAGGUCAACCUUUUGAGUAUUAUACCCUUUAUUUCUUCUUGUUGUUGUUGCAAAACGAACGUAACUUGGCCCACUUUUUGUGGAAGCGUUGUCCUUAUGCACAAAGAGAACCCAGAAUGUUGACUCUUCGAGAAAUAGCGUUGGCGUUAUCCAGAGAGGACUAUAAGACAGCCUUUUCACUCUGUCAAACUACGGAUUGGCAAGAACUGAAUGAAGUAGCCCAUGACUUUCUAGAAGUUUGGAAAACUAGACUGAUCCAAAAGUUACAGUUGACAUAUACCUUUAUUUCUGUGGACGACUGUUGUCGAUAUUUGGGUAUAAAUAGAGAGGAAUGGAUAGCAAUAGCGAAGCCUUAUUGGCAUAUGGAAGGAGAAUAUGUGUUUCUUAACGAAAAGAGAGUUGAAACAGAAGAAGAAGAAGAAGAAGAAAGCACGACAAUUGUUGAUCCAUUAGAAACAUGGACUCGUCAAUGGAUUGGAUUGGCUAAACAUGGAGAGUUGUAAACUAGGUUUGAGAGAUAGUUGUGAGUGGUUGGAUAACAUAGGCUAUUUUAUUCAAAUACUUUGUAAACAGGAAGUUACAGUACAAGGUUAUCUUUAUACUGGAGAUCCUCAUACCAACAACUUGUUAUUGUUGAGUAACUAUGACCCAACGACAACAAAGUUUACCCAAUUGACUUUGGUUAUGGGGUCAGCUAUUCAAAAGAUAACACGAAUAGAACAUACUGAAGAGGAGCAACAACUACUUUUCAACAGAAGAAGAAUCAGACAAGCUAGUCACUUGGAAGAAAUAUUGGAGUGCUCUGUUGAAGGUGUAGUGAACACUGUGGAUCAACCAGUUGUUGUGAAUACAGAAGAACGUCUCCAUAAGCUUUUGCAAUUAUUGGAUAAGGUAUGGUUGUCUUGAAUUUUAGUAGAAUAAGUAUAUCUUUAUAUUUGUAGCAACAGUGGAAAGCAGAUUGGAGUCCUACGACUGGUGUUGUUCAAGUUAUGGAAGGACUUGUCAGAAUAGAACCCCCGUAUACCAAAGAAAGUUGCUUUUCUACCC